AUCGCUGUUUGUUUCACUGAUACUGACUACGCAACUGACGGUGCUCUCGCUGCUCGUAUCCUCGGUAUACUAAAGUCACUAAAUAAAGUAUCUAGUGCCUUUAUGCUAAUUGCAUUCAUCGAAAGAACGAUCUAUUCUCGGUGGACGCAGUAUAGAAUGAUACAUUUUCGGCAACACAAACCCACCAUUGUUUGUCGUUAGGCGUCAUUGUUCGUGCGAUAAACCAGACGCGAGUAAGCACGAGUGUAGGUACCUCGUUUGGUUACGUCCAAGUGUGCAAAAGGAACUGUACCAAGUACUUUUUGUAUUGGUCAGCGCCACAUGAAAAUGCAACCAAUCAAAUUUACUCGCAAUUCUGGAUAAUAGGCGUCACUUGCCCUAGUCUAUUUGAUUAAAUUUAGACUCCGUCCGUAUAAUCCUAUUUUUAUGUUACAGUUAGAAUUCCCGCGAUGCUCGCAAAUCUUUAAUCAAUACCUCUGCUAUCGUCGAUAUAGAGAUAUUUUGUGAAACCACAUGAAACAGAUUAUACGAUGUGGCCACUGUUGGGUAGAGUUUUAGGUAGAUUUGGCAAUUACAUACAACUUCCUAUUGUUUGUGUCAUUGGCUAUUUGGGGUAUCGUAUCGAAGGAGUGCUAUCCAAUCGUUACACACCCAUGACUGCACCGAUAAAACAACAACGCGAAGAAAGACUAUUGGAGGACAUAGAUUCUACACCAGUCAAGAAAGGACACCAUCCACUGGAAGUGAAUCUUCCUCCGUCAUUAUCCGUGUAAAUGCACCUGUGUUUUGGUUAAAGACUAGGGUAAAUUACAGACAAAAUGCUACAACGUAGAAUCAAAAAUGUAAUUUUAUAAUAGACUGUAGGUUAAAAUAGAUUACAUCAAUUAUUAUACAUUUUGCCUAUAUGCCAAUGGAAAGAUAAUUUCCAAGAAUACGCAUGCUUCAUUCAGUGUAGUAUACCAAGUUUGUAAAUAACAAUAUGGUGAUACGUU